GGAAGUAGUGGAACAUCACAGCUGCAGUAAGUCUUAUCAUUGUUCUGGUUCAGAUCAGGUAAAUGUCCGUGUUCCGCCUGUGAUCACUUCCCUCUCCUGACGGUUAGUGUUUCACCCGAGGCCCAUUGGAGAAGAGAAUGAGCUAAGUUUAUUCAGGGCAGGCAGCAUCCAUCAUUUUGCAGAGAUGGUUGGUCUGGGCUUGGCCAAGAGAUUGUUAUCUGUUCAGCUGCUGCUCCUGUGGACACUGCCCAACAUCUCUGACUCCAGAGUGUAUUUGUUUGCUCCUGCUGCCAUCACAAUCGAGGAAUACUCUACAGCUAACAUCACCAUAACUUCCAGUUCCCCUGUCAACCAGUCAGCUGUGAUUCAGUUAAACGUCACCUACAGCUCCAAGUCCAACUACACAUCCGUAAUCCGAGUGCCUGAGCAGGUGUUGCUGCCAGUUGAAGCAACCUCUGUCAAUUUCAAUGUGACAGCCCGUGAUGUCGGUCAGGUGACCACCCACCUGAUUAGCAACAACACUGACUUCAACAGCUUGUCGGUCAGGAUCCGUUUUAUGGUUAUCCGUAGCAACAUCCUGUUGGUAAUCAGUCAGGUUAUUGGCUGGAUUUACUUCAUGGCCUGGUCGGUGUCCUUCUAUCCACAGGCAUAUGAAAACUGGAAGAGAAAAAGUGUUGUAGGUCUCAACUUCGACUUCCUGGCUCUCAACCUAACAGGCUUCAUCGCUUACAGUGUCUUCAACAUUGGGCUGUUCUGGGUGCCAUACAUAAAGGAGGAGUUUCUGAUGAGAAACCUUAAUGGAAUUAACCCUGUCAAUGCUAAUGACGUCUUCUUCAGUCUCCAUGCUGUCUUGCUUUGUUUGGUGUACAUUAGCCAGGCUGCCAUGUAUGAGAGGGGGUGUCAAAAGGUCUCCUGGACGGCCUUUUGUUUGUUGCUGGUUGCCUGGACGUUUGCUCUGGUCAGCUUGUUUCUAGCUGUAGCAAAACAGAUAACCUGGCUGGACUACCUCUACUAUUUCUCCUAUAUUAAACUAGCAGUCACUCUGAUCAAAUAUGUGCCUCAGGCGUACAUGAACUACAGUAGACAGAGCACUGAUGGGUGGAGUAUUGGCAAUGUGUUGUUGGACUUCAUUGGAGGAAACCUCAGUAUUCUACAGAUGAUUUUACAGUCUUACAACAAUGAUGAGUGGAGGCUGAUAUUUGGCGAUCCUACGAAGUUUGGUCUGGGCUUGUUCUCCGUGGUGUUUGACAUCCUUUUCAUGAUUCAGCACUACUGUCUCUACAGACAGCAACCGCAGUACGAGGUUGUCACACAGCAAGCAGACUGACGCUGACUGACUACUGUGUGGACAGACUGUUUAUAAAUGGAAUCACAAGGGAGCACAGGACCGAUUUCUGUCCGUCAACAAGAAUGAGCACGCCUGAUCGACCAGCAGAUAAUUCAAGUCACCAAAAAGAAGUGGUGGUGGUUGUCAUCUUGGAUAUGUUGCUGCAGAGCAGCAGCUCUGAGCUCCAAAAUAUCUCAGGAUCAUCAAUUGUAUUUUUUCUACCACUGUAUCAAUAUUUUGCUUGAAAAAUUGAUGUAUUAAUGUUACACUUUUAUUAAAUUCAGUCACUUGUAAGCUGACCGUCUUUAGUGAUUGCUAGAGGUCUGAUUGUACUGAUUACAAUCCCAUUUUUAGUUAGGAAGUAUCCAAUGUCUCUCAAUGCUGACUGCAGCCAUUUGACAGCAGGUGAACACAGGUUAUACUGAUCGCAUGGAGCCAGGCUCUUUGACUGAAUAAAAACAGAGCUCGGUAAAUGCUUAGAUCUCUUAGCAUUGAUCUAAGCUUUUUCCUCAUCUCAUCAUAAGUUAGCUUUAGUUUCUAGAGCAUCAUGUUUAUUCAUGAUGCUGAUGACCAUAAAGAAACCUUUUCUUUGACUGGGAUGUUAAAGACAUGGGGUGUUACAAUUAGGGUUGCAAAGGGGUGGAAAGUUUCCAGUAAAUUUCCGGAAACUUUCUGGAAACUUUCCACGGGAAGUUAAGCUCGGGAAUUUUGGGAAUUUUGAAAAAAAAAAAAACUACGCAAAUUAAACGCUGAGCAAUAUAAACAUCAUUCAAAACUCUAUUUAGAGAUGUAUUGGAUGCAGCACACACUGGACGUUGAAUUUCAACCCUCCACUGUGCAUUCUUCCAUCACAUGCACAGAUAAUUCCCAGCAUCCUGCACACUACAGCAGGGCUAUUGAGGCCUGCCGUAGUGUGCAGGAUGCUGACAAAACAAAAUGUUUAUAUUUAUGUCUGUAUAUGACAAGGUAAAUACAGUUAGUAUAAAUUACCCACAACAUUUCCAGUUUAUUCCUGUUAAUUCCCGUUAAUUCCCGUAUAUUCCCAUGGAAAGUUUCCAACUUUGAAUAUUCCCGGAAUUUUGCAACCCUAGUUACAAUCUUUAGGAGGAAAAAGUUAUUCAUUUAGGUUCAAGAACAGAAGUCGCAGAGAACCACUCAGUCACUUUUUUAGCAAUGAGCACUGACUGGCAUUCACACAAGUUGACUUAUAUCUAACAUGUUCAAUAUGAUCUGCUAUUGAUGUUCUUUACAACUUCAUGAGAUAAGUUGUAAAGAGAAUAAAGAUAGAGAUGCUGGACAGCCAUGACUGAUGCUACUUUUUAGAUCAAAUCUCCAUCAGCAUCUAGCUGUCGUCAGGAUAUACAAUAGUAAUGACUGUUUAAUCAAAAGUUCUGUAACAAGGCAUGGAUGGAUUUUCACCAGACUUCAUGGUACAUGUUAUAUUUGUGCAAGUAUUUCCAGAGUAAAAACUUUCAACUGUAGAAAUGAU